AGAAAUCAUACGUCAGUUGUUAGUUACUACAUUUCCCAUGAGCAUACGCGCCUGCUGGAGUUAAAAAAAAAGACAACAUGGCGGCAGUCGGUGCGUUCCUGAAGAAUUUGUGGAAUAAGGAGCCUGUUAUCCUGACCUCCUGUGCUAUUGGAGCGUUAGGGAUUGCUAUUCCAUUCAUCAGCCCGUACACCAAGUACACGGCAUUGAUAAAUUCAUCUGUACCGUACAACUACCCAGUCCCUGUGCGAGAUGAUGGAAACAUGCCUGAUAUCCCUGCUCAUCCGUCUGAACCAAAAGGAAGAAACAUGGAAUGGCUUAAGGAUUUCUAACUUCACAUUCCCACGAUCCACAGUUCUGCUGUUCCCUUUGUUCACCCGUGUCUGCAGAGGUGCUCCCUGUAUCGAUGUCCUCCAAUAAAGAUUUAUUUAAUUCUA